UCUCUCUCUCUUUUUUUCUUAUAUAUAUCAUCUCCACAAUCCCUUCUUUCUCUUCCUUCUUCCUUCUUCCUGCACGUCGGUGACAGGUGACAUGAGUUCGCGAACGGCGAGGAGCACGCGGCGGAGGAAGAUGAAUUUGGAGCUCGACCUCAACCGUGAUCCACCCGCCGAGAAUGUUCGGGAAGAGGAGGAGGGACCCUCCACGCAGCAUCAACAACAGCAACUUCCCAUGAUUGACGUCGAAGCCAUUGAUGACGAUGUUGUAGAAUCUUCACCUAGGUCUUUCGCGCAGGCUAAGAGCAAUAAUGCGAGGAGGAGAGUUCGCAGGAGGAUGGUUGUUGAUGUGGACUUAGAAGAAGAGACAAGAGGUGAUCCCCAAAACCAAACAAUCAUCAAUGGUGCUCUUUAUAUAAAUUUGGAAAGCAGUAGCUGUUCUGUGUGUGAAAAUGCUAGGAAGUCACCUGAAUGUCCUAAGGAGCCUCCUAAGGAGCCUGUAUUUAAUUGUCCAAUAUGUAUGGCUCCUUUGGUAGAAGAAAUGUCAACAAGGUGUGGUCAUAUUUUUUGCAAGAAUUGCAUUAAAGCGGCUGUAGCUGUACAGGGUAAAUGCCCUACAUGUAGAAAGAAGGUUACAAAGAACCAGCUAAUAAGGGUGUUUCUUCCAGCAACUAGUUAAAGAUCUCCAUCUGAGGAGAACUAGGAUCAUGUAAGAACCUCCAUUGUACUCUGGAGAUUGCCGAGUGACUUUGUUGUAGCUGUGUUGUUGCUGACAUGUUCGGUGUAGCAGAUGCUCAUUUGUUAAACAAUGUUCAUAAACCUCAGUUUUUUUGUUUUUUUGUUUUUUUUUUACUUAUUGGUGAAAGGAUAUCUUAUAAGGAAUUUUUAUGGAUGAUUAGUUUACUGAUAGCAUUCCUUUACUUUAUUGUUAGUGGAGCCGAGGAGCCAUAUAAGUAGCUAUUUAAUUUUUUUCAAGUGUUUUUCAAUACCUGUGGUUUUAGAUGAUAUUUAUUUGUAUGAUAAAAUGUUGUUUUCUA